AUGCCUCGCCUCUUCCUCCAGCUCACGCUCCUCAUCAACCUCCUCUUCUCCACCGCGCUGAUGGCCAACGCGAUGGCGCAGCCGGCCCCGACGCCCCCACCCCAGGUCGUGGCCGCGGCGGUCGCCGCACGCCAAAUCACGCUGAGCCCGCCGGACAUCUCUGUCGACAUCCCCACGAGCAUUCCCACCAUCCGCGCGCCGGGAGGCAACACCACGCUGUCCAUCACGCCCUCGAGCACGUCGGAGCCGGAAGGGGCCGCAGCGGGUCUCCGGGAGGGCUCGUGGGGUGCCGCCGUCUAUGGUGCGCUCGUCGCGGUCGUCCUCGUGGUUGGCCGUUAG